AUGGGCUCUCUCCCAGUCAGUUCUGAGGUCCUCGUCAUCGGCGCAGGUCCUGUUGGCCUCUUUGCUGCCUUGCGUCUCGGUCAAGCAGGGAUUCGCGUUACCGUUCUUGAGAAGGAGAGCGGCCUGUCCCAGCUUCCUCGAGCCUGUAUGUUCUAUCCCCAGCCACAGUUCGCUCUGGCGGACGCUGGAAUAUGGCAAGCCAUCAUCAAAGGCGGCGGUUUUCGAUCCACUGGGCUUGACAUACGUCUUCCGCCAACUCCAGAUGGGGAAGAUCGAAAGGCUCCAGGCCAGAUUGUUGGGUCUUUCCCCAAAGACCCCAACCAUAACCCUCUUGGCACACCUGUCAGACCACCAGCAAUCAGCAUGCUCAACAUGGCCCAACCCGAGCUCACAAAGGUCUUGAUGCAAAGCGCUCUCGAGACUGGUUAUGUUCAGGUGGUCUUCAACAAAGAAUUAGUUGCAAUUUUGGACGACGGCUCGACCGGUUCAAACGUGGUAGUGUCAGUCAAGGACGUCCAGACGGAGCUUCUCGAGGACCAAACAGCAUCUUUUCUCGUUGGGUCGGAUGGCGGUCGGUCGCGGACGAGAUCUCUGCUGGGCAUAUCCUUCCCAGGCCACACCUGGCCCGAGAAGCUCAUCGCCACUGACGUCUGGCUCAAGAAUACCGAAGACAGUCCUACAACAACUACUCUGCUGAUGGAGCCGAUACAUUACACCAUCAUCACCCCACUUACGCCGCCUGUCAUCGGCGAGGUGACCAAGUGGAGGCUGACCUUUGCCGUCGACCCAAAAGAGCUUACUGAAAAGACCGAACAAGAGCUGCUGUCGGAGGAAUACAUAUCCUUUCAUUACGACCGCGCUUGGGCCGGCCCACGCCCACUCGCAUACAACAUUGAGAGGGCAGCAACUUACACCAUCCAUCAACGCUUGGCUUCCAAACUGAGACACGGACGGUGCCUCUUGGCUGGGGAUGCUGCACAUGUGAACAACGUUAUUGGUGGUCUGGGGUUGAGCAACUGUCUGAUGGAAGCUGUGGCUCUCAGCGAUGCUCUCGUCUUGGUCCUGAAAGAGGGCAAACCUGUCGAUCCUGUACUGACCAUGUACUCUGACGAGCGUCGUCAGGUCUUCCAGUUCUUCAUCGACCCCGUGUCGUCAUGGGCAGGCGAGCAUGAUGACUGGUUCUUCCGCUGCUUGAAAGAUACUUCGAGUCCAUCGUUCGGGAGAUGGAUCGAUAUGAUGGAGAAUUUCUGGCCCACGCGAAUAAAGGAUAUGGCCAAGGCCAUGUGA